AUGUCUUCACCAGUCGAAAAACCUCCCGAUGGUGUACGAAUGGCAAUCCCAGAGCCUCCAGUCCCGAUCAAGCGGGAGUCCUCCGAGCUGCGCAUGGGUCAGCCUGCCAGGGCCCUCGACCCAUCCAAAGGAAUCUCCCAGCCUGCGUAUCCCGCCGCCAAACCCAUGCGGGCCACUACAGCCACCAAUGCUAAAUACGCCAAGAUCCAGCCGGCAAUUGCCCCCAAACCGAUGGGGGCUGUUCCCAAGCCCAAGACGUUCUCGCCGGUGGCCAUUCUCAAGAACGGCAAGCCGGCUCCAUCCCCAAAACCCGACGUCAACUUGAACAUCAACACUUCCAAGCGAUGGGUGCUCCCCCCACGCCCUCGUCCGGGCAGGAAACCGACCCUGGCGAACGAGGAAGACCCCAAGAAACAGCCGUUGAAGGUAGCCACCUCCACCAGCGUGGUGGCGUCCGAUCUAGGCCGAAUAAGCCCCAAGAAGAGAGCUAAAGUAUGCAAGAAGGAGGACGAGGGUCCCACGCUCGUGAAGCCUGACGAUCCGGGACUCAUGGCAAGCGUGGUGGCUAGCGAAACGCUGGCAAGCUCGCUAUCCGUGCCACCUUCUAGGACUCUGUCCACUACUUCUGCUGCACUGCCACCACCACCACCGCCAGUGUUGAAGACAGAUCCCAAGACAGAGCUCAACGACUUGAAGCUCACCUACUUGAACAAGCUUAAGGAACAAGAGCUCAUCAGAAACUAUAUGGAGGUCAUCACCAACCAGAUCAAGGAGUUGAACUUUGUCCAGAGCGGAGUCAUCACGUUCGAUGCGUUGAAAACGAACCGAAUCAAGAAGGCCAACGGCUCAUCAGUGUCAGUCUCCACGCCACUCGCCAAAACCACAAAUUAUGACCAGUUGGAGUCUAUCAACAAUCUUAACGAUUUGAAUAAGUUUCUUGGCUACCUCACCAGAUCUUCAAACAUAAUUCACAGUGCCACCAAACAAACCAAUAAAUCCGAAGACGCGGACUCAAUCUUGAACCAGCAAAUCCAUCAUUACUUGAACGUCAGGUCACAAUUCAAAUCGAUGCAGAUGGAGGAGACAAAGAAACUCCACAGCUUGAAGGAACAAACCCAGAUAAAGAAAAAGCCAGUCCUGCUUGGAAUCGAUAAGAGCGCUGUCGAAACUAAACCGUCGUCAAUUUUAUCCAAUAGUUCGUUGUCAAAGAAUGCAUUUUCACCAGAUUUGCUUGGAAUGAGAGGGACGAAUUUAUUUGACGAAACGGAUAACGAUUUGCUAAUUGAUUUAGUAAAUGAUGAUUUCAACCGGGAAAGCCACGAUUUAAUUUUGGACGAGUUUUUGGACAGUGCAAAGGUUGACCUUGAUCAGAGCAGGCUUGAGAUCGAAGAACAACAAUUGGGUAAUGUUAAGAUUUAUGACAAAAACGAGGCACCUCCAAAGGUGAUUAAGAAGAAGCUGAAAUUGAACUGCGGAUUCUGUACUAAUGACACUCCAUGCUUGUGUUUGGACGCGGAGAUCGAUAUGGGACUUUUAAAAUAA